UGCAUGCAUUCAUUCUUAUAACUUUUCACUUGUUACAAAUUGCUUUUUGGUCAUCUACAACUUUGCUCAUCAGCAGUUUAAAGAACAGCAGUUAAAAAAUAAGAUUGAAAAAUCAAAUAUCACACUGCAAAAAAGCUGAGAAUUGUGGUCAAGUGUACAAUUUCCAACCAUGUACAGCACCACAUUAUUCCAGCGAAGCGGUGGAAACCCAUUCACCACUCCCACCUCAACACAACCUGUUUCUGAAGUGGAUGAGGUGAAAAGAGGAAAAACGAAGACGAAAUUAAAAAAGAUUAAGAGGGUUUGGAAGGCACUAUUUGGUAAUAGGGGAGCUGGUGAAAAAUACACAGAGAAGACAAGCUCAUCUGAGGGUGAGAAAAAAGAUCAGGGAGCUGAUGCAGCUGUGCUACAGUCUAGGAGAAACACCAAUAACCAGAUUUCCAGUGUCCAAGGCCUCCUUCAAGAUGUGGCCUGCACUGAGCUUGCCUCUGAUGUGGAUAGGGCGAAAGGAGGAAGAAAGAAGGAGAAAUGUGAAAAGUCGAUUUGGAAGGUACUUUUUGGUUGUAUGAGACCUAGUAAAAAAGUCCUCCAAACUCCACCCUGCACUGUGGUCGCCCAGAAUGUUGACACCCUCCAAGCUCCAGGCCACACCAUCAACAACCAGAGUGUUGAUGCCAAACAAACUCCAGUCCAAGUCGAGUCUGACUGGAGUGUUGAGGCCCAACAAGCUCCAGCCCAACAAGCUCCAGCCCAGGUCGAGUCUGAGUGGAGUGCUGAUGCCCAACAAGCUCCAGCCCAGGUCGAGUCUGAGUGGAGUGCUGAUGCCCAACAAGCUCCAGCCCAACAAGCUCCAGCCCAGGUCGAGUCUGACUGGAGUGUUGAUGCCCAACAACCUCCAGCCCAGGUCGAGUCUGACUGGAGUGUUGACGCUCAACAAGCUCCAGCCCAACAAGCUCCAGCCCAGGUCGAGUCUGACUGGAGUGUUGAUGCCCAACAACCUCCAGCCCAGGUCGAGUCUGACUGGAGUGUUGACGCUCAACAAGCUCCAGCCCACCAAGCUCCAGCCCAGGUCGAGUCUGACUGGAGUGUUGAUGCCCAACAACCUCCAGCCCAGGUCGAGUCUGACUGGAGUGUUGACGCUCAACAAGCUCCAGCCCACCAAGCUCCAGCCCAGGUCGAGUCUGACUGGAGUGUUGAUGCCCAACAAGCUCCAGCCCAGGUCGAGUCUGACUGGAGUGUUGAUGCCCAACAAGCUCCAGCCCAGGUCGAGUCUGACUGGAGUCUUGAUGCCCAACAAGCUCCAGCCCAACAAGCUCCAGCCCAGGUCGAGUCUGACUGGAGUCUUGAAGCCCAACAAGCUCCAGCCCGGGUCGAGUCUGACUGGAGUGUGGAUGCCCAACAAGCUCCAGCCCAACAAGCUCCAGCCCAGGUCGAGUCUGACUGGAGUGUUGACGCUCAACAAGCUCCAGCCCAACAAGCUCCAGCCCAGGUCGAGUCUGACUGGAGUGUUGACGCUCAACAAGCUCCAGCCCAACAAGCUCCAGCCCAGGUCGAGUCUGACUGGAGUGUUGACGCUCAACAAGCUCCAGCCCAGGUCGAGUCUGACUGGAGUGUUGACGCUCAACAAGCUCCAGCCCAGGUCGAGUCUGAAUGGACUGUUGACGCUCAACAAGCUCCAGCCCGCCAAGCUCCAGCCCAGGUCGAGUCUGACUGGAGUGUUGAUGCCCAACAAGCUCCAGCCCAGGUCGAGUCUGACUGGAGUGUUGAUGCCCAACAAGCUCCAGCCCAACAAGCUCCAGCCCAGGUUGAGUCUGACUGGAGUGUUGAUGCCCAACAAGCUCCAGCCCAGGUCGAGUAUGAGUGGAGUACUGAUGCCCAACAAGCUCCAGCCCAACAAGCUCCAGCCCAGGUCGAGUCUGACUGGAGUGUUGAUGCACUCCAAGGUCCAGUACCUGCUGUGUCUGACUGGAGUGCGGACAUCCUACAAACUCCAGGCCACACCAAGUCUUUAUUUGAUCCUUGCUCAGACAUCUUUUCCUACUAUGAAGUCGGCAAUAUGCUGGGUCAAGGAGGAUUUGGAGCCGUCUAUGAAGGGAGGCGUGUGAAGGAUGGCCUUGAGGUGGCAGUGAAAUUUGUCAAGAAAACAGAGCAUAUGCACUACAUCAGCUUUCCUGAACCUCUUCCACUGGAGGUAGCUCUUUUAAUCCUCGUAAAUGAAGGCCCCAGAGUUCCCCAGAUAAUCCAGCUGCUGGACUGGACGGAUGUGGGUGAAUACUGCAUCAUGAUUCUGGAGCGGCCUAUUCCUUGCGAGGACUUGUUUGAUUUUGUGCAGCGUCAUGGAGGAAGAAUCGACGAGGAGUUGGCUCGGGUUGUCAUGCAGCAGACAACACAAGCCGCUUACAUGAGCUGCCAACGUGGAGUGCUCCACCGAGACAUCAAAAAGGAAAACAUUCUGAUCAACAAGGACACCCUAGAAGUCAAACUAAUUGACUUUGGGUGUGGCGACCUCCUUCAAAGGGCACCCUAUACUACAUUCAGGGGCACACGAAUGUACUGUCCACCCGAAUUCAUAUCAGAGGGCAAGUACCACGGGGAGCCAGCGACGGUAUAUUCAUUGGGAGUGCUCUUGUUCUCGCUGGUAUGCGGGACAUUUCCAGAUAACACCGACCUGAUUAUGAUCAAUCGGAACCGUUGGUGUAUAGCUGGCUUAUCACUAGAGUGCUGCCAACUGAUCUGCUCUUGCCUGCAGCGUGAGCCAGCAGAGCGACUCGAUUUGGCCAAGAUUCUGCACCAUGAAUGGUUUAAGGGCUCAGAUAUGAAGAAAUUCGGCAAAUAGUGGCCGUGUUCCCUGUCACAGCCAGCCCAGGCGUUGUCAUCUACUGACAGUUCAUCAUGACCCAGAGCUCCAUUUCCAUUCUUGCAUACUCAGUGAAAAACUGUUGUUGUUGUUGUUUAGUUUUUUUGAAUGGUCUUAUAAUCUUUUAUCUUGUAUGGUCUUAUUAUAUAUUAUAUUACAUCAAUAAAA